CAUCUAGAAUGUGGUGACUGGUGAGUAAGCUCACUUGAAUUAUUAUUGUCGUAACCUGAUUAGCAAAAAGGAAUGAGAGCUAGAAGUGGUUCAUGUAUUUCGCGAAGGAAAUAAAAAAGUGACGGAUUGACUAAUUGACUUGCAAAUCAAGGAGUGACUAAAAAAAGGAUUGAUUUACUAGAAGGGGCUUCGAUUGGUGUUCGUAGGUUUAGAUGAGAAUAUUAAGGGCGUGACUCUUCCACAUCUCAUCCCACCAUAAGAGUUUGCAGUUGAGUUUCUUUCUUUUACUUUUGUUUUCUCUUGUUUUCUGUUUUGUUUUUUUGGUUUAUCACAUGAAUUGCUAUGUACGUUUUCCAACACGCAACUUUAUCUAUUACCCCGUAAUAUCUUUUUUUUUUUUUUUUGUUAAGUCCUUAUUAUAUUAAUCUCUUUCCGCUUUGACCAUUUUCCUAACUAAAAUAUUCCAAAGGUAAAGAUUUUUACCACAUAAAAAGUUCAACUUUUAAACCGUGCAAUUGCAUUAGGGAAGAUAGGAAGUAAUUAAUCCACCCAUAUUCCCAUUCGCCCAUUCCAAUACUUUUACAACCCGUAAAACUCAUUCAGUACUCAUUAGGGAGCUUAAUCAAGGCUUCUAAUUUAACCGGUGGCCGACGAGAAGGGAGAGAAACUGAGGAAAAUACAAACUGAGGAAAAUGCCGUCAAAAACCAAAAGAAAAACCUCUAAUCUUCAACCCCAGAUUAAAGACGCCAUCAAAGUGCAAAAUCAACAAAAACCCAACAAUGAAUGCUGUAUUGAGGGCGACCGUCUUUUCCGUCUUCUCCAUUCCCUCCAAAGGGAAAUUGAAUCAGAAUUACAGUCCAAUAAAAUCUUACCUGAGAAGUUGUGGUUCAAGCAACACUUUGCUGUUGGGAUCAAUGAAGUGACGCGACUGCUUGAACGAAUGGCUCCAUCUAGUGAUGAUGCUGCCUUUGCUGCUGCUCAAAAAGGAUCCGGGGGCCGUCCUCCAUGUUCUUCUGUCGCUAAACUUCAGGCUGUGCUGGUAGCAUCAGACUGCAACUCGAGAUGGCUCACUAAGCAUCUGCCAAGCUUGGCCACUUCCAGAGAUGUAUCAAUUAUCUAUGUUAAAGAUAAUAAAGAAGGUUCUUUGAGACUGGGUGAGGUUGUCAAGGUCAAAACAGCUGUUGCUCUUGGAGUUAAGGUUAAAGGAAGUAGUAUCAACCAACUUCUUGAAGAAGUUCUUCAUGACAAGUCAAAAGAACUGAAUGCAUAGACUCCACAAAGCUGGUCAAUGUGUCUUGUCAGUUGUAUGCAGAGUGGAGACAACUUAACUCUCUUGAAUCAUGUAGGAGACCAUGGCCUUUAACACAUACAUCCAACUAAAAACGCAUCAUGAUUCAUGAGCUCAAACUGCAGCUGCCUCAGUGUAAGGGACAUGUUCGAGCGGGGCUCUAGGAGGCCAAUUUUCAAGGAUUGGACAACUGCUGUACAAGAUGAGCAUGUUUUAUGUCGUCUAAUUCCUUUACUCAUUCUCAGGAAAGACAUGUAUUUACAUUAUCCACUGUACUGAGAUGGUUUGCUGCCCUCUUCUUAAGGAGGGAUAAUAGAUUAGUAGGUCAUAUAGGGCUUUGGCCAUUUUAAUCCAAAAUAGGUGUUGGCCCACCUUUAAGUUUCUUCAUUGCAUAUUAUCUUAUGGACCAAAACACGAAGAAAUUGGGGUGGAACCCUCAAAUGUUGGACUAAAAAGUCUAAUGGCGAUUUGGUUCUACUAA